AUGGCCUCGUUGGUACCAACUCUGCCGCUAUGGCGCACCCUUGCACCUCGUCUCUCCAGAGACCUCUUCACCUGCCGCCAAUGCCUGCGCAACCAAGGCCUCGCGGCUAAACCUUUGCGCCGAUAUCACGCCGUGCCUUCCCCCCAGACCCGAGUCCGGUCCACCAUCCUGAACAGCAAGAACCGCCAAUUUUUCACAUCCAGUCUGAGAAAAUCGGCUACUGCAUCGACCUUUGAAAGCGCUGCUGCAAAUGGAGCUAAGGAAGCCAAGUCCACGUCAAGCUUCCCCGGCGUCAGCGAUAAGUCCGUUGCGUACUGGCUUCUGGGCAGUGCUGCCAGCGUCUUCGGAAUUGUGGUCUUUGGUGGGCUGACACGACUGACUGAAUCGGGGUAUGUUCUUUCUUCACAAUUGUGGCACUGUGAACAUUUCACUGACAAGCCAAUCCUUACCAGACUGAGUAUCACCGAAUGGCGACCCGUCACCGGCUCUAUGCCCCCCAUGAAUACAGAAGACUGGGAAUCCGAGUUUUCGAAAUACCGCGCCUCCCCGGAAUUCCAGUUGCUGAACCCACACAUGACCCUGUCUGAAUUCAAGUCGAUCUACUACAUGGAAUGGAUCCACCGGCUCUGGGGCCGGUUCAUUGGGCUGUCCUUUGUCCUGCCUGCCGUGUACUUUGUCGCGCGCAAGAAGGUGUCCACGCCCAUGGCGUGGCGUCUGGCAGGUAUUGCAGGUCUUAUUGGAUUUCAGGGCUUCCUGGGCUGGUGGAUGGUCAAGUCUGGUCUGAAAGAUGACCUCUUUGCGCCGGGCAGCCACCCGCGAGUGAGUCAGUACCGGCUUACAGCACACCUAGGCGCGGCGUUCACGUGCUACGUCGCGAUGCUGUGGAACGGGCUUGCUAUCCUGCGAUCUCACCGGCUUCUGGCGGAUGCGACUUCGGGCCUGGGCCAGCUCGACAUGUUGCGUGAUCCGCGCCUAAAGCUAUUCCGCCGCUCUGUCGCGGGCCUGGCUCUCCUGGUUUUCGUCACUGCCAUGUCUGGAGGUCUGGUGGCCGGCCUGGACGCAGGUCUUAUUUACAACGAGUUCCCCUAUAUGGGUAAGGGCCUGACACCACCGAGUUCCGAGCUGUGGGACGCACACUACUCCCGUCGCGAGGACCGCUCUGAUCUCUGGUGGCGCAACAUGCUCGAGAACCCGUCCCUCGUCCAACUGGAUCACCGCAUUCUCGCCAUGACCACUUUCACGGCUAUCAUGGGUCUCUGGGCGUACACGCGCCGCUCAGCAACGAUGAAGCGUCUGCUGCCGCCAGCCGCGAAGAAGGGCGUGCAUGGCGUUGUGGCGUUUGCCUUUAUGCAGGUCGGUCUCGGCCUCUCCACUCUGCUCUAUCUUGUCCCGACCCCUCUGGCCUCCGCCCACCAGGCUGGAAGCUUGUUUCUGCUCACCUGGGUCCUUGUUCUCGGUAGCCGCGUCUGGCACCCGUCGCGGACGGCGAAGUUGCUGCAAAUGGCAGCCAAGGCUCGUGGGCAGCAGCUAUCGCACGCGGCUGCUUCCAAGAGGCUGUGA